AUGACAUCGGCCAAUUCAUCAACACAGGGUCAUUAUCCCUCAUCGGCCCAUAAGCAGGCUCCAUCAACUAUGGCCUGUUUGUAUGUUCGGGGCUCUCAGUGUUGGUGGGUGAUUCCUACUAACUGCCCUGAAUCUGUCAUUGGCAUUGGCAUCACGGUUCUAUGUGUUACUGGCCAGGAGCUUAUGAAGAGAAGGAGGAGAGGGAAAGUCCUCGAUGAGCGAUGCUUAGGUAGUCGGGAGUCUUGGGAAUUUGGCUAUUUAUACCAGGGAAGAUGUUGGGCCAGGUUCCCCUCCCCUCCAACCCCUAAGGGAUGGCCUUUGUCUUGGGUGAAACAGGCAAUCCAGUUUCCAGAAGACAAGCUGAACCAGCUUAGAGGCCUCGACACAACGUUGUACAUUCAGUCAGUACUUUACCAUCCCCCACAUAAUCCACAUGGACUCCACUGGAUUCCACUGGACUUCACUACAUACUGGCAAUAUCCACAAAUCUGGACUCCACUGGACUCCCAGCACAAAACUGGACUCCACUGGACUCCACUGGACUGCAAGCACAAAACUGAGACAAGCUGA